CAAGGGAGAGUACUCGGCGCCGCAGAUCGUGAACGACGGCGUGACCAUCGCCAAGGAGAUCGAGCUGGAGGACAAGGUGGAGAACACAGGCGUGCAGCUCAUUCGCCAAGCCGCCUCCAAGACCAACGACGUGGCGGGCGACGGGACCACGACCGCCACGGUCCUCGCACGGGCCAUGGUCAAGGACGGCCUCAGGUACCUCGUUGGGGGCGCCAACCCCGUGCUCAUGAAGGGCGGCAUGGAGAAGGCCGCCAAGUUCGUGGUCGGGAAGAUAGAGGAGCUCUCCAUCGAGGUAGGGGACAAGGACCCCUCCUCUCCGCCGUCGUCGCUGCUGGCCCUGUCGUCAUGGUCCUGAUCCGUGGCCUGGCCCUAUGUUGCUGCCCUCGUCCUUGUGGUCGCCCUCCUGGACCCCACCACUGUGCUGGGUCCGUCUGGGAGCACGCGGCGCGCGUGCCAGGCGUCCGACUUGCACUGCAAAAGACUAUGUCCCUUCUCGCUGUUCCCCAGGUCGGGCUCUGCCCUAGAGAUUCUAC